AUGCCUCCUGAAUCUCCCCAAGAAGUAUCUUCCGAGCCUCUUGUGUUUCAGAAUGGCAAGGUUCGUCUCAUCGAAAACUUUCCAGCCGAACGUCCUUCAUCCACCCUCAGCGAUCCCACGAAACCGCCUCAAAGGGUUGACAGCCUUUACGAAUGCAACUGCCGACCCCAGCUUCUCAACAGAUUGAAGUUGAUCAUGUCUAACAGUCUGAUGCCUGCCUUCGAAGAGUUUAGAUCGUGUCAAUGUUCGUCGCAUCAGUUUGACAGCUCUUUGGUGGAUCUUGCACUCUCAAGCGGAUAUGAUACCAGUUCAAUGUCAUCUCAUACUCCAGUGCAUGAAAUCUGCUUUCAAUUUCCAUACCCAAGCCAGUCACCCAGAGCGCGGCCAGGUUCAUCCGCCUACUGUGGAUGUUCAAGUAGCUAUGUUACCUCUACUCCCAAGCUCGUAGCUCAUCCCGGGCAAGAAAGAACGGUGGCGCCAUUGUCUUGUCGCUUGGUAUCAUCUACAGAGAAAAGGCUCCAAGUGGAUCGCGAGCAACUUUGCCGUGCUGAAGGAGCUAGCUUUUACGAAAGCAAUCCGCAUGUUUCGACAUGGGUAGAUCGUCUUCCUGAUACUGUGGCACUGCAGGCGUUUGGCAUUCCAUUAUUACGGCGGAAGCGGAAAAUGUCCAACCUAUGUAGGAAGAAUUUCGCCAAACUUGCAUGGAAUUAG